UUUUAAAUUUCUGGAACAAAACGAAGACGCGCUUUGAAUUUACAGCGUAACCUCGUUACCUCAAUUCACAAAAUCUAUCUGGCUUUUGUGCCCUAACCCUAGAAAUUGGGGUAAAUCUUAAAUCAACACAGCCAUGGGAGGGCACGGUGGAUUAAACAUCCUCCCACAGAAACGAUGGAACGUUUACAACUUCGAUAACCGAGAAAAGGUUCGUAAAGACGAAGAAGCCGCCGCGAAAGAAGAGCAGCUCAAACGCGAACAAUCUCGCAAGCGCGAUACCGAGUUGCGCCUCGAGCAGCUGCGUCAAGCUCGCGGUGUCGCCUCGUCGUCGAAAACCGAGUCGAAGAACGAGUUAAAUAUCGAGUCUCCGGAAAAAUCGGAGACGGAGAAACCGAAGAAUGAGCAUAUUAAUUUGUUUGAAGGUAUUAAGAUAUUUGAUCCGAUUGAUGCGGGGAUCAAGAGUUUUGAUGAUGAUAAGAGAGGGAGGUUUAAGCAAUUGAAGCGCGAGGCGAAGAAGAUGAGGAAAGAGGCGGAGGAGAGAGUGGUGGACCCGGAGGAUGCCAAGUAUAAGUUAGGGUAUGGACUUGUGGGGAAAGGGGUGGAAUUGCCGUGGUAUAUGUCGAAAAAGGCGAGAAUCGAGAGGAGUGAUGAGGAGGGGAAGGAGAAGGGGGAGGGGAGUAAGAAGAGUGGCGGUGGGAAGAAGACGAUUGAGGAGCUGAGGGAGGAGAGGUUGGAGAGGGAGAGGAGAGAGAGGGAGAGAGUUAAGGCGCUUUUGUCGGGGAAAGGACCGAGAGAUGGACCAGAUUAUAAGGAUCGGUAUUAUACCAAGAGGCGGUAAAUGGUGCAAGCAACUGAAACCUGGUUCUGCAUCAAGGCAUGCUCGGCGUCUCACAUCGUAUAUACAGGGUCUGGACUAUUGUCAUGGUUUUCAUUCUGUUUCUGUUGUUAAUGAUGUACGUGGGACACCGGCUACUCAGUCCUCAGAUGAAGGAAAUAAACUAUCAAGUCUCAGAGCUUUGCUAGUAAGGUGAAUGAUGAGAUUAGCAAAAGGGUACGACGCUUUUAGUGAUAAUUAGAAGAACUGUUGAAAAACCUUUCUUUUAGAGGUUAAUUUGUUGAAGUGUGUAAUAUGUUAAUAUCACAAUUUAAUGUCAUUUGCCUAAAUUUUUGUA